AUGCAAUUGUCCAACCUCUUCAAGCUUGCUCUCUUCAGCGCCGCCGUCUCUGCUGAUACCGUCUCGUACGAUACCGGCUACGAUGACGCAUCUCGUUCUCUAACCGUCGUAUCUUGCUCCGACGGCACCAACGGCCUCAUCACCAGAUACCACUGGCAGACCCAGGGCCAGAUCCCUCGCUUCCCAUACAUUGGUGGUGCCCAGGCCGUCGCUGGCUGGAACUCCCCUAACUGCGGCACUUGCUGGAAGCUCACCUACAGCGGCAAGACCAUCUACGUCUUGGCCAUUGAUCACACCGCUGCUGGUUUCAACAUUGGUCUCGACGCCAUGAAUGCUCUGACCAACGGUAAUGCUGUUGCCCUCGGACGUGUUUCUGCCACUGCCUCUCAGGUGGCUGUGAGCAACUGCGGCCUCUAG